UUGGUUAGAGAUUAUUUUAGAAGGUAUGUUUAUUUUGUGAAUAGAUACUUCACGUAUUAGGGCAGGCGAGGGGACAAAACAUGGGAUCUGUGUCAUCAUUCUUCGAAUUUAUAAAGGCUACGUUUCGGGCAACUGAGAGUGUCUUCAAAUGUGUCGCUUUCACCAUCACAGUAACAGCAUUGGCUGUAGUAAUACUGGCGCUGUCCGUCACUAGCAUCGGCCUCGGGUACCACUAUUGCUCCGCUGAUUUCUACUUAUCACAAAUAAAGGACUACCAGUUAAUAAUCGACGGGAGCGGCUACACCUUCGCGUGGACGUGGGACUACGACUAUAUGAAAUAUUUUUGGUAUUAUAACGAUCAUUACCGCUCACAAUGGACGUCCAAGACUUAUGAGCCAUUUCCAGGGACCAUAAGUGUAACCGAAUUCUGGUACCAUAACCGAUAUACGCGCGAGAUGGUUGAAAGGCGAUUCCUGAAGCGUCUACUGGGUGUAAGGAAGAAUGGGUCCCCGCGGCGGAUUGAGGACCACUUCGCGGACCAUAACGUGCCUCUGGACCACCUGGUGCCGCUGUUGAAGCUGGAGUCCGCGCUCCACAACCUCACGUCCUCCGCCGCGCCCGCCCGCCCUCACACCAUACACCUGGACUGGAAGGAGAUCGUUGGAAAGCUGUACAGGGCUGUAGCGAAGAAUAGGAGUAAUGAUUAUUAUAAAGACGGCUGGAGCCCCGAUGAUGAAGAUGUUACGUAGGUCACUAUAAUUUGCGUUUGAAAUAUUUUAGAUAUUUAGCCGUCAUUAUUAGGUACUAUUUAGAUUAUAUUUAUUUUGUAAUUUUCUAUUUAUAAGUGUUGAUUAUAUUAUUUUAUGUUUCAAAGUUAA